CCGUUUCUCUCAUUUGCUCACUCGCUCGAUCGCUCUCCCAGUUGCAAAAAAAAAAUGCUCUGCAGCCGGGCUGCACCUCAAUGAACCUAAUUGGUGCACUGUGAGAGACCAUCAUCCAUCCGCGGGAUUUCCAUCGUCCACGGGUCGCACACAUAUGAAUGUCCUUAGAUACAAGCUUUUAAGGAGUUGAACAGAUCCGGUCGGCGAAAAUGGCACAAAGCGUGGUUUUAUUCCUACUGUGGCUUUUCGGCAGAUCAUUCGCUGGAUUUCCCAAUCAGAUCAACAUAGGGGGACUCUUUAUGCGCUCUACCGUGCAAGAGCACAGUGCGUUCAGGUUCGCUGUCCAACUCUACAACACCAACCAAAACAGCACUGAGAAGCCUUUCCACCUGAACUACAACGUAGACAACCUCGAGUCGUCCAACAGCUUCUCCGUCACCCAUGCGUUCUGCUCCCAGUUCGCCCGGGGGGUGUACGCCAUCUUCGGCUUCUACGACAAGAAGUCCAUGAACACGCUGACCUCCUUCUGUGGGGCGCUGCACACCUCCUUCGUCACGCCCAGUUACCCCACCGAUAACGAGGUGCAGUUUGUCAUCCAGAUGCGGCCCGCCCUGCGGGGCUCCGUCCUCAGCCUGCUCUCCCAUUACAAGUGGCAGAAGUUCGUCUACCUGUACGACACCGACCGAGGGUUCUCCAUCCUCCAGGCCAUCAUGGAGGCGGCGGUGGCCAACAACUGGCAGGUGACGGCCCGCUCUGUCAGUGCGAGCACCGACGCCGGCGAGUUCCGGCGCAUCAUCGAGGAGAUGGAUCGCAGGCAGGAGAAGCGCUUUGUGAUCGACUGCGAGGUGGGACGCAUCAACACCAUUUUGGAGCAGGUUGUGGCCCUGGGGAAGAACAGCCGUGGCUACCACUACAUUCUGGCCAAUCUUGGGUUUUCCAACGUGAGUUUGGACAAAGUCUUUGCUGGUGGCGCCAACAUCUCUGGAUUCCAGAUCAUCAACCCUGAGAACCCAAUUGUGCAGCAGUUUAUGCAACGCUGGGAUCGCCUGGAUGAAAGAGAAUUCCCAGAAGCCAGCAGCACGCCUCUGAAGUACACGUCUGCCCUGACCCACGACGCCAUCCUGGUGAUCGCCGAGGCCUUCCGUUACCUGCGGCGGCAGCGUGUGGACGUGUCUCGCCGCGGCAGCGCCGGGGACUGCCUGGCCAACCCCGCCGUGCCCUGGAGCCAGGGCAUCGACAUAGAGAGAGCCCUGAAGACGGUUCAAGUGCAAGGCAUGACCGGGAACAUCCAGUUUGACAACUACGGCCGGAGAACCAACUUCACCAUCGAUGUCUAUGAGAUGAAAAUCGGUGGGCCCAGAAAGAUCGGAUACUGGAACGAAUACGAGCGCUUUGUACAUAUUAUGGACCAGCAGGUCACCAACGAGUCCUCCUCUGUGGAAAACCGAACGAUUGUGGUCACUACUAUUAUGGAAGCGCCUUAUGUGAUGUACAAGAAAAAUCAUUUGCAUCUGGAGGGCAAUGACAGAUAUGAAGGCUACUGCGUUGAUUUAGCGUCUGAGAUUGCCAAACAUGUUGGAAUUAAGUACAAACUGUCUAUAGUAAUGGAUGGAAAGUACGGAGCCCGCGACCCUGAGACUAAGACGUGGAACGGGAUGGUGGGCGAACUGGUCUACGGGAGGGCCGAUAUAGCUGUCGCGCCUCUCACCAUAACACUGGUCCGAGAGGAGAUGAUUGACUUUUCCAAGCCAUUUAUGAGCUUGGGCAUCUCCAUUAUGAUAAAGAAGCCACAAAAGUCCAAGCCCGGCGUGUUCUCCUUCCUGGAUCCCCUGGCCUAUGAGAUCUGGAUGUGUAUAGUGUUUGCCUAUAUCGGUGUGAGCGUGGUUCUGUUCCUGGUCAGCCGCUUCAGCCCAUACGAAUGGAACCUCGAAGAGCAGGAUGAGACCAAAGACCCCCAGACGCCACCUGACCCGCCAAACGACUUUGGCAUCUUCAACUCUCUUUGGUUCUCUCUGGGCGCCUUCAUGCAGCAGGGCUGCGACAUCUCACCGAGGUCUCUGUCUGGGCGUAUUGUGGGUGGUGUGUGGUGGUUCUUCACCCUCAUCAUCAUUUCAUCCUACACAGCCAAUCUGGCUGCUUUCCUCACUGUGGAGAGGAUGGUGUCUCCUAUCGAAAGUGCAGAGGAUCUCGCCAAGCAAACAGAGAUCGCAUAUGGAACUCUUGACUCAGGCUCAACAAAGGAGUUCUUUAGGCGAUCCAAAAUUGCGGUGUAUGAGAAAAUGUGGUCGUACAUGAAAUCGGCCGAGCCCUCUGUGUUCGCAAAGACCACGCCCGACGGCGUGGCACGGGUACGCAAGUCCAAGGGCAAGUUCGCCUUCCUGCUGGAGUCCACCAUGAACGAGUACAUCGAACAGAGGAAGCCCUGCGACACCAUGAAAGUGGGCGGGAACCUGGACUCCAAGGGCUACGGAGUGGCCACGCCCAAAGGCUCAGCAUUAAGAAAUGCUGUUAACCUGGCAGUUUUAAAACUGAAUGAGCAAGGCCUGUUGGACAAAUUGAAAAACAAAUGGUGGUACGACAAGGGAGAGUGCGGCAGCGGGGGAGGUGACUCCAAGGACAAGACAAGUGCUCUCAGCCUUAGCAAUGUGGCUGGUGUCUUCUAUAUUUUGGUUGGAGGGCUGGGGCUGGCAAUGAUGGUCGCCCUGAUAGAGUUUUGUUAUAAAUCAAGGCAAGAAACAAAACGGCUGAAAUUGGCCAAGAAUGCCCAGAACUUUAAGCCCGCUCCCCCGACCAACACCCAGAACUUUGCCACAUACAGGGAAGGCUACAACGUCUACGGAACCGAGAGCGUUAAGAUUUAAAGUAGACCGUAUUCACACUGUCCCCCUUACAACUGUGACUGAACGGCUUCGGACGGAAGGAAGGAAAGGAUCCAAGCGGGAAUCAAGAUCCAAGCCCACUCUUCUUGCUUGGACAUAAAACGAUAAUCUGCGACGAUCGACGCGACAGGACUGGUCAUUGGGGUGGGGUUAGGGGAGGGCCAGAGCUGAAGCUGUCCCUUCCCUUUCAGUGCCUUAUGGAACUCAAGAGUCCACUCAAUGCAAACCCCAUUGGCAAUGGCAUUGCUCUUCUUUUGUUUUUUUCUUGCUUCAAGCCCCCAUUGCGAGGAAAGAUGCACUGAUCUGUGAAAAAUAAUCACCCUAUUUGACCUGUAAACAUUGAAUGAGCGAGAGAACUAAAGCCAUCACUUGCAACCUAAGCACAUUUUCAAGUGCCAUAUUGAGGUCAAAUCUUGUAAAACAAAGGCUUGAUUGUUUUUUUUCUCGUGAUCAAUAUGUCCAUUGUGCUUCAUCCUUCUCCUGCCGUCGUCAGAUUACACUGGUGUUACACAAACAAGUUUAUUAGAAAUUAUUCAAAGCACUGUAAGACACUAGACAAUAGAUUUUUUUAUAGGCCAUGAGUUACUUGCGGUGACCCUGUAAUUGUGAAGAGAGAGAGAGAGAGAGAGAGAGAGAGAGAGAGAGAGAGAGAGAGAGAGAGAGAGAGAGAGAGAGAGAGAGAUUGAAUGACUAUUAUUAUACAUUCAUGAAGAAGUGGAGAAUUUCUAAAAUCUUCAACUCUGGUGCUGCUGUAUGCGUCUUCUGAGAGCUUUGGUUGAGCCCAUGAUAUACGACUAUGAGGUGAAGAGACGGUUAUCGGCUUCACUACGGCUCCACACACACACACACACACACACACACACGCACACGCACGCACACACACGCACACACACAAACAAACACUGGCUGAAGCAGGUCACACGUCAAACCUUCAACACUGCCAAGAGUGUUUUCAGUUUCAUUGUGUUUUCAUUUUUAUUUAAUUUUUUUGUGCAAGCGGAUGACUGAAUGGUUUUGUUUUGUUAUGUUGGAAGAAAAAAAAGAUGAUCUGUUUUGAGUGUGUUAUCUUCAGUGAGUUGAACGUGAAAAAAACUGGGCACCUUCGUAAAAAUGUGCACUUCAAAUUUUUCCCUGAAACAAAGUCAUGAAAGUCUUUUGUACAUGAAACAUAAAGCCAAACAAAAGCAAUGAUUAAAAUAUAGAUGAACUGCAAUCCUAGUGAACGGAUAACAGUAAUGGCUUUUAAAAUAGUAGUAUUUUGAAUUCAAACUUUGUUAAACAAUCACACAUUUUACGACAAGCUGUGAUCUGCUUUCGAUUUCGGUUUUCUUUUAUGAGCAUAAUAGUGUUUGGUGAAUUUACUUAGUAAAUGGAAUUUUACAAUAUACAAUAAAUAAAUAUAUAUAUAUAUAAAUACAAUUGAAAAUAGAUUUAUACAAGGUUGUAACAGGGAGUGUCUUAAAGUUUAGCACAUUUCCUUAUUGCUGUACCAACUUCUGUUAUUUCAAAAAGACUGUGAUUCCAUAGGAUUUAGAAGGACAGUUAUCGAACCACCUUAAGCUAUGGAGAGCUAGUUUUCUAGAAAAAAUAACAAACUGACAAAAUAAGUGCUGUAAAAAAGAUAUGUACAUUUAAUCAAAUGAUAUUUAUUUAUAUGACGGUAACAAAAGGAGAGACAUGGUUCCCCAGGAUUUUCGAUGUUUGCUUUGGUUUAUUUCUAAAUAAAUUGCAUGUGAAAUCAAGGAUGCUUGAAGACAUCUGCUACUCACAACUGAUCAUAGGUCACUGUCACCUGGUUAUUCUUCGGUAAAAGCCAGUUUUACCCUUUGUUUCUUUUUCUAAAGGACACCUUCCAAAAAGACAAACAUUUCAAAGCAUUGUAAUGGAUACAGACGAGCAAGAAGUGCAUGCAGAAGCUCAGCCUCAUUAACGAGGUGUUGUACAGAUCAUUUUAAUACAUUUUGUAAAUAAAAUGUACAGAAAACAACG